CUGCCCUGGAGCCUAUCCUCCAGAGGUCACGCAGGUUACUUGUUGCCUUGUCCCUCUCCCACGUCCUGCACGCAGAUAUAGUGAGGGCAUGAAGCCGUUGGACAACAGAAAGGAAAUUUAUAGAUUCUAUGAAGCUUUCAAGGCGAUCAUUGGAAUAUGACUUGGGAAUCGGGAUUCCUGUAAACGCACAUAUUUCGCUGUGGAAGCGCCCAAAUGACCGAACUCCCUUUUUAGAUUUUGCAGGAGACACAGCCAUGUGAUGUUAUCCCGAGUACAACCAGGGCUGCGCUCCCUUUCUGUACCACAAUCCACGACGCCGACGGUCGACGAGGUAAUGCCGUCUACUCCACACAGUAUCAAUGACGACGUACUUGGUGUUAUCUGCGCCAUGCUUGACAAGGAUGAAUUAGAGCAAAUUGUACUCGUCGAUAAACGAUUGAGGGAAAUUUCUCUACCGUUGCUCUUUCGGCGCGUGCGUUUUAGCUUUGAAUAUUGUGAAGAUGUGUGGAAGUCAGCGACCGAGGAUGUUGAAGACAUGCUUGCUUCGACAGUUUUUAACACCGUUGUCGGGCACACUAGAUCUCUUGAUAUUCGCAUUUUGAACAAUAAAAAUGAAUAUACGAUGCCCCCCAUCUUGCCCAGUCGACUCGCCGAAUUUCUGUCCGCGCCCUUCCGUCAGCUGCGCACUCUCGUCCUCAGUAUUGACGAAACAGAGGCCCAGUUCUUUGAUGACGAAUUUGGAAAGGCAGGCAUCGACCUCCCCACCGUCACCUCUCUCAUGGUUGGCGCUUACUGUGAUUUCAUGGUCCCUCUUUGUCCCAAUGUUGAACAUGUGGCAACUUUUGGCCGUGUAUGGCUCUGUUCGAAUCGUGGUAGAACGUCCAGAGAGCAUUCGUUCAAGCUUAUUGCUGCGGUUAGCGGGGCAAAAAAGCUGCAGCACUUUGAGAUGUAUGAAAAGUGGUCUGUCGGUCUGUUGCAGGCCGUAUACGACGCAAUGCCUUCUAUUGGAACACUAACCCUGGAUGGCGCUCGCGUCAUAGAUAGUCUUCUGGCUCUUAUUCCUAUUCUGAGUCAGUUCAAGAGAUUGAAAACACUUGGACUGGUGUCUGCUUCCCUCCUGGAUGUAGGUUUUGAUUUUCCAAGAAUUGCAAAUGCACGCACGAGACCUGGCGGCCGCGAAAUGCUCAAAAGAAGGCGGGAGCAGGUGGAUGCGGCGAACAAGUGGAUUGCGAACACAGUCUUUCUCGCUUGCGCCAAUCUUGAUGUCCUGGUUCUCGACAAUAUCGAUAAGGCGACUGUUACCAGAGGACAGGGGAGGCGAAUUCAAGACAUCCAAUGGUGUGUCGAGGAACAGCAGAAGAUUGCGGAAGUCUACUACUUGUACUAAUGUGCCUUUUUUACUUCUUUAUUUCUAACCCUAUGGGAAGCUGGCUAUCAGAACCGUCCAUUAUUUCCAUUCGAAACGGCGUCAAAUGGAGUGCAUGCCGUAUGCCCUGUCAACGAGUGAACACACGUUUGGAGCAAUCCUUAGGAGGACUCAAUC